AUGAUUAAUUGGUUUGUUUUAUCAUCAAUAUUCUAUAUAGUAAUACUAUUUUUGAGAAAUGCUUAUUGUUUCUAUAUAGAGGAAAAUAUAAAUGAAUUAAAAAAGGUUAUUGACAAUGAUUUAUUAUAUAGCGAGUUAAAUAGAUUACAAGAUAUGCUAUUAUAUACAAUAGAGCAUGAUGUGUUAAAACUACCAAUAAAAAAAGAUAAUAUAAAAUAUGAAUAUAUUAGUGAUAAUUUUAAAGAAAUAUUAAUUCAAGACAAAACUUCAAAUAAAAAUGAAUCUUAUCUUGUACUAAAUCAUAAUGCCACUGUAGAAGAUGUAAUAAAUUAUGAACAUAUUUUAAAAGAACAAGUGGCUUUAGAAUACGACCCUUCGAUAUCAGAUAAAAUUAAAAAUAAAAUAUUAAUUGUGAGAACUCUAAAAAUUGUUAAGUUUAUGUUGGUACCAAUUUAUGAGUAUAAAAAAAAUAAAGACAUAAAACAAGCCUUAUACAAAUUAAAUAAUUUUUUUAUUUAUGAUCAUAAAAAAAGUAAAAAUCAUGAUUAUUCCACUUCUAAAUUAAAAAAUGUAAUUCGUGAAAAUAUGCUAUAUUCAUCAAAAUUUCUCAAAGUCAAAAAUCAAAUACCCCAAAAUACCGAUAUCAAUGAAUAUAAUAAUGACUACAAAGAAAUAUUAUUUUCUUAUGAACCUGAUAUUGAAUAUAUGAAAAACCAAGAUGCUAUAUCUAAUUAUUAUGACAUAGGCAUAUAUAAUCAUAUCGGAGCCCAUUAUAUAGCGCUUGGUCAUUUUAUCACCCUCAAAAUGGCAUUCAAACAUUUCAAAAAAUACUUUGUAAAUGGAGAUCUACGGUUUUAUACAUGGGGAAUGAUAUUGCAAUUCACACCUGACGAUCGGUUUAAGGCUUUAGAUUUAAUAUGUGAUGAUUCAUACCCCCCAAAAAAUAAGAUUAAUAAAAAAAAUACUAUUGUAAAAAGCAGAAUCGCAUCAUCUUCCCAAGAUUGUUCAGUAUUAGAAUUUCUUAUACAUCAAUAUAAUACAUAUCAAAUUGAAUUAUUUAAAAAGGCUAGCAUUCUAAAUUUGAAUAUGCAAAUAUUUUUAGAUACAGAUUCUUUAAAACAAAUAUUUUUUAGCUUUAUGUGUAAAAAGAGUAAUGAAUGUAAUAUAUACAAAGGUCCACAAUUUAAACAGGAAAACAGUAAAAAAUAUGAUUUUAUAGAUAAUAAUCAGAAAUUUAGUGACUAUUUCAUAGAAAAAAUUGAGAAAAACAAUCCAUAUAGUGUAUAUACUAAUUAUUAUUAUUUUACAAAAUAUUAUAAUGAGUUUAAUCAAGAUCAAGUUAUUUAUGCACAUAUUUUAAAUUUAAUUGGAAUUUUAACUGGCAAUUCUAGCGCAUUUGUUAGCUCCUUAUAUCUACCAGGAUACUAUAAUGCAAUCCAACUUGCUUAUAUCGAAAGCCGAGAAAUAGCGGAACUUUAUAAUAAUUUAGUAAAAUGUUACAAAGUUUGCUAUUCUAGAAAAUCAACCACUUUAAAAAAUAAAAUAAAAAAUAUAUUUGCUAUUAAAAAUUAUGAUAACUCUCAGUGUAGUAUAUGUGAAGGGGCACUAUUCUACAUAAAUAAUCGAACUCAAGAUGGAAUUCCUAUGUUACAAAAAUAUUACAAUUAUAUAACACACGUUUUGAAUGUAAAUGUUUUAAGGAACUUAACAGAUAAAAUGCACAUUUACGAAAGUUAUGAUAAUUUUUUAAUGCACGAUUUAAAUUGGUUUACUUUUCUAUUCUUAUUUAGAAUGACAACAUAUCAGGACAUACAUAAUAACACAAUAUCAAAUGCUAUGUUUCUAAAUCUAUAUAAUGAAACUAAACCCAAACUAAAUAUGAUAACAUUCCAUUGGUACCCAUCAUAUUUAAAGAAAUUUAUUAUUCAUUAUGUUCGAAAAAAUAAAGCUGCAUCUUUGUUAAAUGAAUUAGAAAGUAAAGUAAAAAAAGAAACAAUCGAAAAAAUGAAAAAUAGCAUACGAUUCGUUAUGCACAUUAAUUCAAUAUUACAAUUAGACUUUUUUUAUUAUCUAAAUGAAAAGCCUUUGAAAAAUAGUCAUCCAUAUGGAUUAACAAUGCUAAUUGAAAAUAAAUUUAAAGAUUGGUUUAUGAAUUACCUAACAGGGUUUACUAUGGUUAAUUAUGAUGAUAAUAAAGGACGUUAUAAUUUACCUGGAAAACGUGAAAGGAGGGAAUUUUUAGCAUCAAAAUUAAAAAUGUGGACUUUAUUUGUGAAAAAAAUUAUAACUGAUGCAUAUGUUCAAAACUUUAAUCAAAAACAUGUUAUAAAUUUAUAUAAAUAUCAUGACAUAUUCAAUAUAAAUAACAAAAUUAUGGUAAUGAGGGAUUCCUAUGAACUUUAUAUCAAAAAGUUUGAUAAAGUAUUUUUCUCUGGGGAUGUUUUGAUAUACAACAAAUUCUUUUCAUCUACUCCAAAAAUACAAAUAUUAAAAGAUAGAACAUUUUAUUAUUUUCAUGGUUUAUUGGGGAAUCAACUUAACUAUUAUAAGUUUGGUAUACUAUAUGCAUAUACUAUAAACAAAAAACUUCUAAAAGAAAUAGUAGAAGAAUUACAUAGUAUUUAUAUUAUGAAUAAAAAUAUUUUCACCGAAGUAUCUUUUAUGCAAACUGUUCGAUUAUUAUUCAAAAAAAUUCAACACAGUUUUUUUUCUCAUCGCCGAAACGAUGCUGUGAGUAUGAACAACAUCUUCUUUUUCAACGUUCGAAACAACUACUCAAAAUUAUCAAAAGAAGAAAGAUAUCAAGAAAUUCACGAAUCAUUGGCAUCGCGAUUUUUCGAGAAAACAUUGUUUUCAAUAUUUCACAUCAUGUUUGUUAUUAAAAUAAGUAAACAUGUAGAUAAACUCGACACAAUAUAUGGAAAAGCAAAUAUGUUACGAAUGAUUGUACAUGAAGAACCGCAUUUAAGAUUUGAAUAUUUAUAUAACAAUAGUAUGAUAGAUAGUCUAUUAAAUGUCUUUUUUCCUUUAUAUAUAAAAAAACCAACAGUACAAUUAAAAUAUGGUAAAACAUUUAUUUUAGCUAACAUGUUUAAACUAACAUCAGAACUUUUUGCUAUUUAUAAUUUAAAUAAUUUAAGCAUGUUAUGUGAAUAUCAAGCUAUAACAGGCCCUAAUUAUUAUUCCUUCAAAAAACUAAAUGAUUUUAUUGAUAGAAAAUUUGUACCUAUAAUUUUAUUUGGGUAUUAUAAAAAACUAACUAAUGAAAUUGCUAAUCCGGGUCAAAACAUAUUUACAGCAUUUAAGGGACGGGCACUAGAUAAUGGGGCAAUUAUGCUUACACUUCUUUAUAAAUCUAUAUAUAUGUCUGGUAAUUUAUUAUAUAGAAAUGGAUAUUUUUUCCCAAAUCAUUUACCAGAAGAAUUACAAAAACAAACGGAUUGGAUACCAAUUGAUAAACCAGAAAAUAAACCAAGUGCAUUCUAUUUCGAUUUUCAAGCUUUAUUUGCCACUGUUCAUGGGGUUUCUUUAAAAUCUUUUAUAUAUACAUUAAGUGUAUAUUAUUGCUUCUUUGAUUAUAGUAUAUUUUUAUUCAGAUUAACAACGCGUAUAUUUGAUCGAUUCAUAACAGUUAUAGAUACAUAUGUAAAUGCAUAUGUUAGAUCAUUGUUCAAUAAAUGCUCAAUUGAUGUUUUUUUAAAAGCUUUAUCAAAAAUUUAUGAAGAAUCUAAAAAAGAAGGCUAUUAUAGAGAAAUUAUAGAAUCCAGAAUUUAUUCUAAGGAAUAUUGUAAUAAUGAUACAGAUUGUGAAUUUUCACAAGCAAAUACACAAAUAAUUGAACCUAUUGAUAUUUCAGGGGCACAAUAUGGAAUAUCGUUUUUUUAUAAAGAUAGCAAUAUACAGUUUGACGAUUUAGAUGAAAAUGAACUAUUCUUAAAUGAUAAAAAUAUUAUAAAUUAUGAAAAUUAUUUAAAUUUUAAUCAAAAUAAUAUUGAUUUUACUAAUACAUUUAAUAUAUAUAACACAAAUGAACAUAAACCUGAUGAAUGA